UCUGGGCAGUGAGACCCCUUACCCAUAAUGCUCUGCUCCCGCCUCCCUGAUGGCUCCCCUCCCUGCCCGGGGCAGGUUCACGGUCUGGACACGGAGACAUGGAAGGACACGGAAGUUGUUCACAUAGACAUCGCUGACCGGACCCAGGUGUCCGAGGAGGAUUACAAAGCAGACGAAGAUCUGGCUCUUUUCACGUCUGUGAAGACAGGGCGAGGCCCAUUCGGUCCAGACUGGAAGGUACCUGCUGCCUACUGGCUUAGAUCAGGGAGAGAGAGGGGAGGAGCUGGGAACCCGGACUCCUGGGUUCAUGGUGCCAUGUCUGCACCUGUUUGCUUCGUCACACUGAACACAGUUUGUUGAGGAAAAAUGAAUACUGUUUCUGUGAAGGGAAAUCAGCCUCCCCAAUGUGGAAUUACGGGGGUUGACAGAGGUGGAUGUGGGGCACCCAGGGGAUAUAGGGAACGUGGAAUUUCAGAAAGCCUUGGACAAGGCCCCUCGCCAAAGGCUCUUACGUGAAGUCAGCUGCCAGGGGAUCGAGGGAAGGUCCCUGUGUGGGUCGGUCACUGGUACAAGACGGGAACAAAGGGCGGGAGUAAACGGUCAGUUCUCAGACUGGAGAGAAGUAAAUUGUGGG